AUCGCGCCGCCGUGGCCCUCGCGACGGCGGUGCAGCCACCGCCAAAAUCGCUACUGUCACCGGAGAGGUUCAUAUUUGCCGCGUUGACUUCCUUACCUUCGAAACGUUCAAAACGAACCAGCAAUUGUCUGGUCUGUCGCCGUGCAUAUGGGUUACUUUUCUCCGUUCGUUUCGUAUCAGAUUUUUAUUGUUUGUCUGUUCCGUUGACGACUGUUACUUGCUGUCAUCUCUGUAGCCAGCAGCCGCGCCAGUACCCAGCUCGUAACCAGCUUAUCUCAUUGUCUGCCUCGCGAGCGGCCUCCAGACGACGGCCGUACUUGCGCGAAAAUCUAAUGUAGGAAAUAACGAGUGAGAAAAAAAAGAAAUCACGAAACUCAACACUUGCUUACCACUGCGUUGUGUUUUUCAUUUCGAGACUUCGUUGGAUGUCUGCCGAUUGAACGUGUCCACGCUGCCAAUUCUGUUGUUUCUUAGAGUGAAUAUGUGAGCUUGGCUGGACGUAACACACGACGACCAUAUCUCUCCUCUAACCAAAUUAAUCGAAGCAGGUAAACAAGUAAAAAGCCUACCCUAAACUUGAUCCUUUACUUGAUAACUCCAUUGGUUUCAUUGACCGCGUACAUCAUGAACGCCACCUGCUGUCGUACAUAGUGCAUCCUAUAUACACACACUAAGGAUCUACAGAAAAACGAACGUGUGCGAUUUAAAAAUCAAAAUUACAGAAAGUCAACCUGAUGGUUUUGUGAAGCAAAAAAGUUGAAAAUAACCCAACGAUAAGCUACGCCGCCGAGCUAAAGCAACUGGCUAAAUACGGGGCAUACGUGAAUACGGCGAGCGUUCGAAGAUCCAAAAUACGUUAGUCAAGCAAAAUGCUAAUCAGAACGGCGUCAAUGAUUGUAGUUCUAAUAGUAGUGACAGUCCGCGGCGAUAAAAAGCCUCUCGACAAGGAUACCAAACAGGUGGUUAUGCUCUACAAUCGUUUUGGGGAGAAAAUCUAUCGGCAGCUGAAUCGAAAGGAGGGCAACAUUUUUCUGUCACCCAUAGCCGUGUCAGCGAUUGUUGGAAUGAUCCAUCUGGGCGCGCGAGGCCUGACGAAACGAGAAAUAGAGGACGUUCUGGAACUGCCUCGCUAUGCGCUGAAUAAGACUACAUUGGAUAUGGCUGUCGGUAAUCUACUCGCGUCAUUCGCACCUGCCGUAAAAGACUUUGAGCUUCAGAUAGCCAAUGGAGUUUUCGUCACGGAGGGUCUGGCAGUAAAUCGUAAAUACCGCGACGAGCUGCAGAAAUAUUACAAUGCAGGAUUAUACUCGGCACCCUUAAAAACUGCUCCUGAAGAAGCUGUAUCGGAUCUGAACAACUGGGUCAAAGAUCAGACCAAAGGAAAGAUUCCGGUACUGCUAGAAAGACCCUUACCACCGACUAUACCACUCGUGGUUCUAAACGCGGUUUACUUUCAGGGCAAUUGGGAGUAUCCGUUUCCUUCAGAGAAUACCCAGAAGGACAAGUUUCACGGCUUUCAUAGGGUAAACAAUGUUGCCCUUAUGUACCAAGAAGGCAACUUCAUCCAUAUUGACAACAAGGAUUAUCAGGCAAUUGAGCUACCAUACCGUAACGGGGAUAUGGUUAUGGUGGUCAUCCUACCAAAGAACACAAAAGACCUUUAUCGACUCGAGCACACCAUAAGCUACUCGCAGAUUCUUGAGGAGCUCGGUCAAACAAUCAAGCAGAAAGUAUACCUGACUUUGCCGAAAUUUUCUUUGAGUCUUGCUUACGAUAUGCGCGGAGUUCUUCAAGAAGUCGGUCUUAAUUCGAUGUUCUCACCAAACUUUGCCAACCUAACUGGAAUCGCGGCACGCCCAGUGAUCGCGCUAAAUACAAUUUACCACAAAGCGCUUAUUGACGUAGAUGAGAAAGGUACCGAAGCUUUGGCAACCACUGCCGCUAUCCAUCAGCACUCAAGCCUCAUGAAUCCAAAAACAGCCGAAUUCAGAGCGGACCGACCUUUCAUUUUCCUGAUUGAGGAUGUUCACUCGAACGCUGUACUCUUUGCUGGACGCGUGAGCGACCUGUAAACAGAUAUACUCAUACGAAUGAUCGCAAGUUGCUCGCCCUCGAAUGUCCGUCAUAUUGUGACAGAUGACACAAAGUGCCGAUAGGAAUGCGUGCCAAGUCUGCCGAAGCGCUGUUGCUUAGCUCAGGUUAUAGGUCCGCUUCUUCUUGGCAGGUAAGAAGACAUCGGCACCACAACUGGGGCAAAACAUCGAAAACAUUGCUCGAGGUCGUACAAAAAGAGAACGGAAAGAUUCAGCCGCGAACGAUCAACGCCAGAGCAGUCAUGUUACAUGAACUACUAAGUAUACCUGGACAAUAGCGUGCCGAUUGAGUGGAAGCUAACUGCUGUAUAUAAUAUCAAAUGAUUAAUGGUAGUAAUAUUUAACAACUUCAAAAUAAACUAUAUAUGUAAUUUUCUUAGAUACUCACUUUUCAGCUUGAAUUUCGGUAAUUAAGUAGUACCUGUAAUGGAAAUAGAGCAAUCAUUGCUGUGACAAGUAACUUGAACCUGUUAACAGGUUCCUUGCGCUUGAGAAAGCGAGAGCAUAGUGAGGAAAUGUAAAUUGAAAAAGAAAGUAAAAAAUAAAAAACCAAGGUUCUA